AAGAGGAGGCGGUAGCUGACUAACAUGCUGGAAACUGGGGUGGGGUGUGAUAAAAGGUAAAUGAUCUGAUUUUUGUCACAUGAUUGGUUCCUGUUUGUGGUUAGCUCACAUAUGAAGUCUUGGACUGUUCGUAUUUUGUCGUUUAGUUGUUUUCCAGCGCUAUGAAAUGGAGUAUCAGCCUAUAUUGAGCCAGAACCGCACGUAUGGAAUUGCCAAUCCCGGUUAUGUACCAGCAGCAGAAGGGGCGCCUGCAAUGUUCGCCCCACCCGCAGCUGACUCCCAGGGCCCCAGUGCUCCUCCGGCCAGCAUGUUUGACAGCAUGCCUGGCUAUGAAGGAACAGUUUCAGGAGGAGGAGGUGGAUUUCUGCCCCCUCCGAUGCCUGCUUACCCAGUUCCUCAGCCUGAACCUGGACCUGAACAACCACAUUGGAAUAUCCCAUCUAUAACUGAAAAUACUGCCCGGGAGGCGUUUAUCCUGUUUGCCUCCAGCAAAUGCUGCUACAGUUCAGCACCAGCAAAGGAUGGUGUGAUCACCAGCAUGGAGGCCUUCAAUACGUACAGGUACCGCCUGGAAACCUUUACUGAAUCAAGAUCUACAGAGUGGAGUCACGAACCGUACAAUGGUCAGUCAGUGGAUGCCUUUGCCCAGUCACCUCCAGGGCCUUGGGAUAUUCCUGCUAAAUCUCCCAAUUUUUUUCUGAAUGGCAAACAGAUUAUCAAGGUUCCCUACACAUCAUCUGUGAAGAACUGCCACGUUUGUGUGGGAAUGGGGCGAAGACCUUGCAAAGACUGUGUCGGUGUUGGUAAUAAAGUUUGUUGGGUCUGCAAAGGAUCUGGUUUCCACCACGGAAACGAUGUAUGCCACCACUGUAGUGGCAGAGGGAGGGAAAAUUGCAACCACUGUCACGGGCGAGGAUCGAAGGAAUGUGAAACAUGCCGUGGAAAACAACAGCUUCUGGUCUACAUCAACCUCACUGUGAAAUGGACCAACAACUCUGAUAGCUACGUUGUGGAACAGUCAAGUGGACUGCAGUUGGACAACCUUAGCAAGGUGUCUGGCAAAGAGCUUUUCAGGGACUCUCAGUACAUGGUAUACCCAGUAAUGGGCUUCCCAGACCCCACAGUGGUGCAUGCUGCACAGCGCCUUGUCAGUGAACACCAGGCCAAGUACUCGCAGACGUCACGCAUUCUGCAGCAGCGUCAAACCAUAGAACUGAUCCCCGUCACCAAGGUGACCUAUUCGUGGAAAGGGAAAUCACACAUUUACUUUGUUUACGGGAAUGAGUUCAAAGUUAAUGCAGAUAACUAUCCUGCUACUUGUUGCUGUGCUGUCAUGUAAUUGCAAUGGUUGUGUAUGAAGGUUUUUCCUUUCCAAAUCAUUGGAUAUCUAAAUAAGUUAAUUUUUCUUACAAGUCAGUUCUACUGAUUAAUGGGGAGUUCCCUGACCUUGUCUAAGUUUGAUGUUCAGUUAAACAGAACCUAUGAACUCCCCACAAGUCAGUAGAACUGAUGAAGCCUCUUGAACAAGCAACCUUCAAGGCUACACAGAAACUCAAGUUAACCUUUGACUAACUACUACAAGAUAACUAAUGAUUAGAAAGUCAUUUUUAUUGUUACAUGCCAUUUUUAUGCAUGCAUGACAGAAAAGAAUUGCUUACUGACACAAUAUAAAUCAUAAUCGUACUAUAAUUUUUUAUCAUCAGUAAAACCAACUAUUUGAUACUGAAUAUUAUCUUUUUGCAACAGUGUUAUUUUUUUGAUGUUAGUAAUAUGUAUUAGAAACUUAUCUGUUUGUUCUCAUGGCAACAAACUAACUGUUUUCUAUGUGAAUGUAAAUCUUUUGUAAAAUGUGUAAUACCUGCUUUACUUACUGCAUUUGAAUGAAUGACAUUUCUUAUUUUUUCUUUAACAUUUUAUUAACAAACAGCAUGGUAAACGUAGAAAAUACAUAAACAGAUAAAGAAUAAAUUGUGUUUCUCAAUG